AUGUGAUUUUUAGAACCGACCUUGACGCAGCUUUGGCCCUCCUAGUUUCAUUCAGCACCAGUGUGCGGAGUACUACUUUGAAAUGGAAAGCAUUGCAGCGAGGUCCUGCUCCCUUGGUUUUCCAAUGUGUUGUGCAUUGCCUUCAGUUUUCUUGAAUUGGUUAUCUGCUUUAUAUACCCAAAACCACGAGCACUUGCCGUCAGGUGGCAUUUCACAAACCGCUCUAUGUAUGCCUCAAGCAGGGGGUAGUUGCAAAAUGCUGCAGGACUCCAUGGGAAUGCCUUCGGUCGAGCGAUUUGAAGAUGCAGACUUUCAAGCGUUGGCCCGAAGAAAUCUUGAAUCGGCAGCAGAAUGCGCCAUUUGCUUAGCCAAUGUGGAGGUCGGGGAGGAGGCUGUUCAGUUGCCUUGUGCUGCGCGGCACACUUUUCACGAUGACUGCGCCAGAGAGUGGCUUUCGCGCAAUGUGACAUGCCCUCUUUGCCGGGUAGAUGUCCGUGCGUUGGUGCGGUCAGAGAGACGCGGUCCGGCAGGUGAUGAGGCUGCAGCUGCACCUGGUGAGCCGGCUCCUGGUUCUCCGCGAGCUUUUGGUUACACCCGCGAUGGUGGUUUGAUCAUGCGAUACGAUCCAAGGCCUCCACCAGAGGAAGAACGGCCACCUUACAUACCUCCAGAGCUGCAUUCAGUGGCGGAACUGGUCGAAAUUGAAUACCCGGAGAGGGGCACAGCACGUAUUUGGCGAGUUCCACGCCGCAUUUCGAGAUGAUGCCAAGGUGAUACGCGAGCUGCGAGCUACAGACUGAAGUUGUGCAGCUCAGCGUGUCCUGCACAGCAUUCCUCUCUCCAAGUGGCCGGCGCUCGGCCCAGGCAGAGAUGCAAAAAG